CCCUCCCCGGGCCGCCGAGUCUGCGCGGCUCAGCCGGGCCGGGCUGUCCGGGUCUCAGUCUCCGCUUCCGUCCGUCUGUCCACCGGUCCGUCCAGCCUGGUCCGUCUGUCCUGCGGUGCCGGCCCCCUUCUGGGCGGAGCCAGGGUCUCGAGAGGCGGCGGCGACGACCUAGAUAGAGCAGGCCUUGUGGAUGGAGUAUUGGACCCACAGUGUCGACCUUUGCCUGCCUGGGCCUCAUUUUCCACAUCUGCGCAAUGGGGGUGAUCACCCUCGCUCUGCUGCCCAGUAGGAGCAGCUGUGAGUCUCUGAUCGAGGGGGUGUCCUGGAGGAGGCCAUAGGGCGCCUUCACAGGCCCAGCCUUCACCAUGGCGGGAGGGAGACCUCACCUGAAAAGGAGUUUCUCCAUCAUCCCCUGCUUCGUCUUUGUGGAGUCAGUGCUACUGGGCAUUGUGGUUCUACUUGCUUACCGCCUCGAGUUCACAGACACCUUCCCUGUGCACACCCAAGGCUUUUUCUGCUAUGACAGCACCUACACCAAGCCCUACCCAGGGCCUGAGGCCGCCAGCCGAGCACCACCUGCCCUCAUCUAUGCCCUGGUCACUGCUGGGCCCACCCUCACGAUCCUUCUGGGAGAGUUGGCGCGUGCCUUCUUUCCUGUGCUACCCUCAGCCAGCCCCAGCAUCGGGGAAAGCACCAUCGUGUCUGGGGCCUGCUGUCGAUUCAGCCCUCCACUGCGAAGGCUGGUCCGCUUCCUGGGGGUCUACUCUUUCGGCCUCUUCACCACCACCAUCUUCGCCAACGCGGGGCAAGUGGUGACCGGGAACCCCACACCGCACUUCCUGUCUGUGUGUCGCCCCAACUACACGGCCUUGGGCUGCCUACCACCCUCUCCUGACCGGCCAGGGCCUGACCGCUUCGUCACAGACCAGGGAGCCUGCGCGGGCAGCCCCAGCCUGGUGGCCGCCGCCCGCCGCGCCUUCCCCUGCAAGGAUGCGGCCCUCUGCGCCUACGCCGUCACCUACACGGCGAUGUACGUGACCCGAGUGUUCCGAGUGAAGGGCUCUCGCCUGGUGAAGCCCUCCCUCUGCCUGGCCCUGCUGUGUCCAGCCUUCCUGGUGGGCGUGGUCCGUGUGGCCGAGUACCGCAACCACUGGUCUGACGUGCUGGCUGGUUUCCUGACUGGAGCAUCUAUCGCUACCUUUCUGGUCAUCUGUGUUGUGCACAAUUUCCAGAGUCGGCCACCCUCUGGCCGAAGGCUCUCCACCUGGGAAGACCUGAGCCAGGCCCCUACCACGGACAGCCCCCUCGAAAAGUUAAGUGUGGCUCAGGAACCCGAGGCCUGCAGGCCGCAUUCGACACCGGCACGGCUCACCCCAUCCAAGUCGCAGAACUGUGCCCUCCGUGGCCACCUGAUCCCCAGCUGCGUGUCCUCCAGGGCCCCGGCCAUGUGUUCUUCUCCCCGGGUGCCCCGCCCUCGAUUGAGGUCUGAGCCAACGCCCCUGCCACUGCCCUUACCCCUGCCAGCACCGACUCCCAGCCAAGGCCCCUCACCCUCCUCCCCCGGGCCUGGAGGACCAGGCGGGGGUGGCGGGCGUGGCCGGAAGCUGCUGCUGCCUACGCCCCUGUUGCGGGACCUGUACACCCUCAGUGGACUCUAUCCCUCCCCCUUCCACCGGGACAACUUCAGCCCUUACCUUUUUGCCAGCCGCGACCACCUGCUGUGAGACCUACACCCACCCACCCACGUCUACCUGGUGUCCCCAUUUUCCUCCCCUGUCACGCGUGUGUGUGCGUGUGCCAUGUGAGUGCCAAAGGCCCCUCCACCUCCUCCUUCCCCCCAAAAAAGAAAAGCCCCAGCCUGGUUCAGGCAUCCAGAGGAUGGCUGGAAGGACAUUUGGGGGAGGCUGCCUAUCUCUCUUACCCCUUGGGAUAUCCAGGAAGCCAGAGCUCCAGGAUAGACCCUUGCCCCAAGUAUUGGCCUCCGAAAGGCUGAAAGCUUGAUUUCCCCAUUGGCCCACGGCUCAGCCAAUGA